CCCCUACACGCAGUAGUUAGUUGUUACCUAAAUCACCGGACGAACAGACCUAAAAGGCGGAGCGGAGGCCGUUUCAUCCCCAGAAAGAAUCUGAGCGAGUGUUUGCGAUGGCGAGUGUCACCAGGGCUUUAACCCCGGGGAAGUUUGGCAGUGCCUGCCGUCUGAUUGCUAUACGCUCCCAAAGUACAGCAGCUGCACCAGCAGAGCAAGUGGAAUCCGUACGGGAGAAACGACUCAAGAAAUUCACAGUCUACCGAUGGGAUCCCGAGAAGCAGGGAGACAAGCCUCACAUGCAGACGUACGAAGUAGAUCUCAAUGCUUGUGGACCCAUGGUUCUUGAUGCCUUGUUGAAAAUCAAGAAUGAGAUUGAUCCUUCUCUGACCUUCCGAAGAUCAUGCCGUGAAGGUAUCUGUGGUUCCUGUUCUAUGAACAUUGGUGGUGUGAACACCUUAGCUUGUAUCAGCAAAAUUGACACCAACCUGACCAAGGCUACGAAGAUCUAUCCUCUACCACACAUGUAUGUGAUCAAAGAUUUAGUCCCUGACAUGAACAACUUUUACGAGCAGUACAGAUCAAUCCAGCCUUGGUUACAGCGGGACGAUGGUCUUCAGCCUGGAGACAAGCAGUACCUUCAGUCUGUUGAUGACCGCAAGAAGCUGGAUGGUCUAUACGAAUGCAUCCUUUGCGCUUGCUGUUCUACUUCUUGCCCAUCAUAUUGGUGGAAUGGAGACAAGUACCUGGGACCCGCUGUGCUCAUGCAGGCCUACCGUUGGAUCAUCGACUCUCGAGAUGAAAUGUCUGAGGAACGUCUGAAAAGGCUGCGUGAUCCUUUCUCAGUUUACCGAUGCCACACUAUCAUGAACUGCACAAAGACUUGCCCAAAGGGCCUUAACCCAGGUAGAGCCAUUGCUGAAGUGAAGAAGCUGUUGUCAGGAAUUGCCAAGAAGGGAGACCCCGGUCUAGAUGCAUUAGGUGCUGCUAAUUAAUUUUUAAUGAUUUUAUUUUUAUUUUUGUUUCUCAAACUGUACACACGUGAAACUAAUAUCCGGGUAAAUUGUUCUAUUUUAUUGUAAUUUAUUUUAGACAUCUUGAUUAGCUAGAAUUGUUUUCUGUGCGUAUUUUUAUGUGCAUACAGUGUAGAGGGAAGUUACUGUACUCCCCUAAAAAGUACUGUAAAUGUUGUAUGUAUUUUAAGAAGUUAUUUUUUAUGUAAAUGGAAAGAAAUCACACCAAAUGUUUUACUCUACAGCUUACCAUUGGUAUCAGGUUAUUAAUAUAGUCAAAGGUUGUGUCUUCAUAUGUUUUUAACUUUGAAUUUCAUUAAGUACUGUGUAGCAGACCUGAAAUUUUCAGUGAAUUUUAGCAGUCCUGAACCAGAGAAGGUUGCUGGCUGAAAUUUUUUUCUUAUCUAUGUAUUUUUAUUUUUCUUAUUUUCGUAGUAUCAAAGCCACGGCAGGACUAGAGGGCAAUAAAGGAGAUAGUGAAAACCCUCCUUUGUAUGAAUGUAUAGUGUAGAUAUUGCUGUAUUUUUUGAUUUCCCAAAAUAUAUAUUUUGGCAGAAAGAAAGUGUCCUUUAUGCAUCACUUUGGGAUGAAUGAGGUUCUUUUUAACUUGUAAAUACACUUUGAAGAGGCGAUUAUGCCCCUCACCCGCUAUUGAUUGGGUGUGUGCACCCCAAUCAUUAAACUACAAGGCAAAA